GUGGUACUCGCGCUCCUCCACCCACCUCGGUUGGCAACUUGGGAGCCUCCUGAGUCCUGAAAGGGAAACCGUUGGGCUGAACCGACUAGCAAUGGUUCUGGAAAUGAAGAAUCAUCCAGCCUGAUCAGAAAGACAGCUUCAUCUAGCAAAGCAUCCUGAUUCUUACCAGCCAAAAUGCUUUUUGGAACCUUAUGGGCAGGAAACAAAGGCAUGGUUGCUUCAUUCAGACGGUACAGUUUUACCAAUAUGUUUAUGGAUCUAGACUUUAAAAAGAUGCUGUUGAAUUUUUAUUAAGGAACCAUUUAAAAGCUAUUUAAACUUUGAUAAAUUUUAUGGAUUCUCGUAUGUUUUAAUCAUGAAAAUCAAAUUAGAGGUACUAGCCUCUACAUGUAUCAAACAGAAGAAGCCAUGGCCUCGAAUCACCUGGCUGGGAGAGGAAAAAGAGGCUGUUUUCCUACUGGAUGACAGAAACAUGCAGGAAAUUAACCUGCUUUCUGGAAAAACAAAAAAGAAGAUUCCCCAAUUACAGACUUUUCUGAAGAAUGUUAUUGUAUUAUCAACCUCAAGAAAUGGAGCUUGGUUGGCAGGAAUGCUUAAAACAGGAGAGCUCUUUCUUUGGAACAAGGACCGAGACAUUAUAAAAACUGUUCCAGCCAUUGAGGAAUCUACAAAAGUGGCUAUGGCAGUGCAAGAACAUUCCUUGAGGUUAUGCCUCCGUGUUUCCGGCAAAGGAAAUAAAAUACUUCUUGCUACUCCAGAAGUCUGUGUCUUAUUGUGGGAAAGCAUAGAAUCAAACGCAACACCUUCCCAAAUUUCUGCAAAGGGGCAAUGGUCCCAAAUUAUUCCUGAAGCUUCAAUUAUGUUACCAGCCAAAGAAGAGAAGGAAACUGUAGUUAGUGCUGAUUUUAUUGAAAAUGAGAUAUUGGGAGAUUGUUGCUUGGGUUCUUUUGCAUUUUAUUCUGGGGACCAACUGGUCCUGAUAUUUUUGAAGAUCAAAUGGCAGGAGAACAGUUUAAACAAUGCAAGCUCUGUUCCAUGUCAAAUCCAUUGGGCACAAGAAACAUGCUCUUUGCGUAAUUUGUCUCCCUCUUGUGAAUCAGUGAAGUCAAGAGGUGCUUUGCUUACUGCAUUCUCUCAUGAUGGACUUGUGCUAGCAGUUGCUCUUAAUCAAAAGGAUCUACAGGCAUCUCAAAUUCUGUUUAUGAGCACUAAGAAUUUUAUUACUACUUCAGGGAGUCUUAAAGGCUGUGGUAACAAGUAUCCCAAAAUUCCAUCCAAAUUAAUAAGGUCUUACUGGAUUUCAGACAUGAGCUGGACUCCCGAUACUCUGUUUUUGGUUUGCAUGUUAAAACGUGGAUCUCUGAUCAUAAUGACAUGCUUAGGUGAAUUGAUGACUUUAGUUACUUAUGGCUGCUCUGUAGAAUUUGGACCAGCAGAAUUUAUUCCUCUGCAUCCAUUAAUAACACACAGAUCACAGAACUCUUUCUUGAAUUCUCAUGAUUCAUCCAUUUCUGAAGCAGACUUCAUGAGGCAGAGAUUUUCUGUCACAUGUCACUCAAGUUUGCCUUAUCUCAUUGCCUCUGAUGGAUACAUGGUUACCGUUCUUAAAUUUUCCAGUGAGUUUUCGCCUUCUACAUAUACAAAGUCUUUGCUGCUUGAUUCAGCCCAACGACUAGAAAAGUUGCAUCACAAUUUGAUUACAUACAAGUCUGAGGGGAAAAAGCAGCCACUGCAGUCAUUGUCUUCUUUAAGAGCUAACCUCUUACAAUAUGAAAAUCAGCUUUCUACUUUCUCUGGCACUCCAAAGUUUUUACAAGAAGAAGAGGGAGCCACUGAACUAAUUGAAGAAGUGUCACUAUUCCAGGAAUGCAAUGAAGAAUCCAGUGACGACAAUAUUUUUCAAAAUAAUUCAUACAUUUUGGGAAGCCAAAAAGCAGAUUUCGCUUUAAGUGAUGAAGGCCAGCUGGAAUUCGCAUCAAUGUUUGACACAAUUCAUGCAAUAGAUGACGGAAAACAGAUAGACAGAAAAAAAGAUGGCCCAUUGUUUGAACUGAACCAUAUUCAAAAGAAUCUCAUCGCUGCUUGGAGAGUGGCCACUUCAAGAAGUAUAAAAGAAAAAGACAUAUUAUUAAAUUUUAACAUUCGUUGUAUUGUGCACUUUUUUAACAUUCUCCAGCAUGUGAAACUGAAAGAAUUAGAUCAUCCUAUCAAGAAUCAGUCAUGGAUACAAUGUGUCUUAAACUGUUUCCACCAAUUUUUGACUGUCCUCAGUUGGGAAAAUCAACACAGACAAAUAUUGGGGCAUUUAAUGAAAUUAACAAUGCAGACCUUGAAACUGAUACUUACAGAACAACAAGAUCACCUUUUCGCCACUAAUCUUUUGGGAGGUUUCUCAUUGCUGAAGAUGGUUAUUCAUUAUUUAAAUGCCAAAACAAUACCACAGUAUGAAGUUCUUCUAGCAGAUCUGAAUGGUAGUAAUAAAGUGGAACUAGAUUCUAUUGAUAUGCCUCUGUUUCAAAGGCACACAGAUUGGAAUAGUCACCAGAAGCACUGUGCAUUACGUUCUGUGCUAACGUGUUCUCUUCCAAUGGUAAACCGAACUGAGAAUCAGGAAAAAAGGUUAACUAUAAUCUGGCGAUACUUGUAUAAACAUGUGAUUUGGUAUUGGGCACAAUUAAGCAGAAAAAUGAAUAACUCAAACAAAUCAAUGACUGAAAUCCAAAUUGCUCAGGAAAUUCCAGUGACCAAAGCACUUGCAAGUCACAUACAGGCAAUCUUACAGUCUUCGGGAGAAAACUUGGAGCAGCUUCUGAAUCUCAAGUCGGUGAAUGGUGAGGAAGAGUUUCUGAUAGGAUCAUAUAGAAAAUCUGUGGAGGCUUGGGAAAGAGCUUUUCAGGAAACAAAAGCAAAAGGAGGAAAGAGAAUACCCUUUCUUCAAACUCGAUAUUAUCUUGCUAUUUUAUAUUGCCAUCUGUAUCAUUAUAAUAUAAGUGAGGCUCAGGGUCUGUGUGAUCACCUGGUAUAUGAACUCCUAAGACGAAAUCAAAUUUCUGUAAGAAACCAAGAUGCUAUGACAGAUGCUGAAUGGAUAAAAGAUAUUCACACUGAAGCUGCUCUGGCAGUGAUUCAGUCUUUGGCCCGAUUCAUGGCAGCCUAUUUCACUAAUGAGCCAAUUUAUAUACAUCCUCCACACAGUGUUGGUAUCUUACCGCCACUUCAUAUCAAGUCAGAUGGGUGCCAUCGUAUUAUUCCUCUGCAACAUUCCAGAGUCACCGAAGCAGUUAGGGAUAAUGGCCUGUCUUGUACUUGGACUGUAGAAUAUACUCUUGAUUUGUUGCUCAUCGGUGGACUAAUUCCAGAAGCUGUGUGGCUAGCCCAGAAACUUGGAGACUGGAAAAUGGCUGUUUCAAUCGGAGUGGCUUAUCAACUAUAUUGUCAAAGUAAUAAAAACUUAGCAAGGUCAGGAAACGUGGAAUUAUUCCUACCAUUACACUUGACUCCAACAAACAUUUUUCAAGAAAAGCUACAAUCUUUUUUGGGUCAGCCUGUCAACAAUGAAACAACAAAUCAAGGAAACCUCAGAUACAAACAACUGACAGAUCCUAUUGAAGAAGAAGAUGCAAAUGCCCUUUUUAGUUCAGUAGAACAAAUAUUAAAAGCAGCUGUUAUGGCAGAAGCAGACAUUCUGUCAGAAACCUUUCAGGUUUUGAUGGAUUUUGCCAAGGAUCAUAGUAGAAAAUUCUGCAGCUUGGUUCCUAAUGGCUUAUAUCUCCCAGCACCACCUUUAUAUUGUCCUCAGCCAACAUUUGAAGAAUAUGGUGAUGUACCAUUAAGAAUAGAGAGAGACUGCAGACAGAAAAUAUCUGGAAUUAUUCAACGGAUUCUUCUUCUUUUCCGGGCUUCUCAUUGUUCUUUUGCUGCUGCUCAGUGGUAUAUUGCGCGGCUGAAACAUGCACGAAGAGUCAUGCAAAAGAUUCACAAAAAGGGUGCUCUUCCUCCUUUAAAUGAUCUUCCAGAAAAUUUGCUUAAGUAUUCCAAAUAUCACACUGUGUUCUUAAGGCCUUCUUCUUUUGGAGACCAUACCUUUGAUGCUGUGUCAUGUAAAACUAUAGGAUGCUUUCGAGAAUUAUGUGUAUUGUGCUGGAUGCUUCAUGUUCGUGAAAGAUUGUCUGAUAGUUGCAGACGGUAUCAAAGGGCAAGGGAGAAUUUGGAAAACUGGAAUGAAUCCAACAGGAUCGAAUUUGAUGCUUGCAUAGUUGAGUACUCUGUCGAUGCUUUGGAGUGGGCUUGCCGAAUUCUUCCUUUUGCUCGGUUCAUGAACAUUGAAGAACUUGUGCAGGAUAUCAUUCUGAGCCUUAUUGGGGAAUUACCACCAAUUAAAAAGGUGGCAGAAAUUUUGGUAAAAGCAUUCCCUAGCUCUGAAGAUGUGAGGAUCUCACUAAGGGAUAAAUAUAAUGAUCUAUACCAACGACUUAGGCAUUGCACAGUUAAAGGCCCCAAUUGUGAAGAAAUUAUGUCGGUUGUACUACAGGCUACUUACAAAGAGAAUGUGAAAACUAUGAAACGUGUGAUAAGAAACAUAGGGCCCAUUCAAACCAAUAUCUGGGAGCCACCGGAAGAAGACAUCCAAGACUCCGGAGGUUCCUGCUAUGACCGGUUGUCUUUGGGGACUACUCUAAGCAGAAGCACAAUUUCAGAUUUCAGAAACUUUCAGGGGUGUAACAAUGCUGAAGCAACAGACUCAUUUUCUGAGUUUGGGGUGACAGAAGAAGCCAGAAAACUGAGGCAAGAAGAUCCCAAGGAUCUACCUUCGUGUAUAGAUGUUUCCAACCGUAAAGAGCGGACUGAAAAGUUAAAGGACCACGGUGGGGGAGGAGAUGUUAAAAAAAGGACCCAUAAAGACCUUCCCAAUGAACUCCAUAUGCCUCUAGUCGGCGAAUGGGAAUUUGAACGGGAUGAUGAUGAAUAUAUUAAGUUUAUAGACCUCUUCCUAACUUACGUGCUUGAAAGAGAUCCACUCAACCACAGCGAAUCGGCUGUUCCUUUUCUGACAUGCUUUUCAGCCCUCCUUAGAGAACAUGAGCUCCAUUCUCUUCUUUUUGAUGUUCACACAACCCUGAUACGUCGACAGUUCAGAACUGAAGUCCAAAAUGCUUUUAGAGCUGGUUCUUGCUACACCCUUGGUUAUGGAUUUAGUGAUUGCAAACUAGCUCCUGUAUGGGGUAAAAAGAAAAAAGAUGGUGAAAAAGAAACUUUAGCUGAUGAGCAACCCUUAGAGCUUUCAGAUUGUGAUUCAGUCAUGGGACUUACUGAAAGAAGAGGUUUAUUUGGGCAAAGCCAGCAAUCAGCCAGUGACUCACAUGAUUCCAAUAAGACCUUAACAUUCACACCAGCAUUUGCUCAAUGUUGGUCUACCCCUAAAACAGCUCUCUUUCAAAAAUACAUCUGCAAAACUGGACCAGUGAAUGACGUCACCCAACAAGAUGAACCAGUCCCAGAAAUACAUCUUAAAUUUAACAAUAUCUCUCGCUUACUUGAAUGGAUGAUCAGAUGGUCCGGUAAAAGAAUGAUUCAGGAUCCCAUCACAACAGGAACACUUCAGGACUGCCAACCAAUGAUGCAUGUGAAAAUAUCAUCAUCUGCCAUUCUUUCAUCGUUGUGGAUUUUAGAGCGACGUUACGGCAACACAUUUCAAGACCAAAAUUGCGGUUUGAAAUCACAGAAACCGCGGGGAAAAACUUCCACUAUCAUACCCAAACUGGAGAAAGAUGGUGCUGAGUGUACAAAUAGUUCUUCAUCGGAGGGAGCUCCAGCUGAUAUCCAAAAUGGACAGGCAUACAGUGAACCAUUUAAAAAUAUUCCAAGGUGCGGAACAUUACCUGAAAAACAAAAUAAGAAGAAAGAAAGUCAAAGGGAUCAUUCUAUAAUACCUGAUAUAGAAACUUGGAGUACAGCUAUCGAUAUCAGUCUGGCAGAAAAAGUGGCAAAGUUUCUACGAAAUGAAAUAGUUGUACCAUCUGAAACCGAAGUCUAUAAUGAAGAUCCAGUUUCAAUAAAUCCUACCAUCUCUGUCAGUAUUAAAUCAGUAGAAAAGAAAAAAGAGCAUCUCUCUGAAUUAAAAGUAGAAUGUCAACAGGAUGAACCUUUAAUGGAAACGUCUGAGGGAAAAUGUUCAAAACUGGAUGGCACUACAGUUGAAGUAAUUCCCAGUGAUUUUCCCCUUUCAUUUUGUUCUGAAAAGAGGGCGGAAACAACUAGUGUAGACAUCACUGUUUCAGAUGAUCAGCUUUCUUUCACAGAGGUUUCAGACAUUCCUUCAAAUGAUGCUGGUGUAAAAACAGAGAUGAUCAAUAGAGAAACGACAGCACAACCACCAAACACUUCAGAGGUUGUUGGGCAAAUGCUACAAGACGAAAUGUUUAAGCUGAUUCAGCUACAGCAGAUUAACUAUCUGAGCCUCAUGCAGAUAGUUGGAUUUGCCAAUUUGCCAAAUACGUCACAGCAGAUACAGCAACCUCAACCCUUCCCAUUAAGAAGAAACUGGGCUUCAAGCACGGAAGGGAAUAAUAUCCAUCGAUCUCCCCCUGUGCAGCCAGCAGGUGGUGUUCAAAUACCUACUGACCAUCAGAUACCAACUCUGGAAAACAGCUGGAAUGUUGGUCAGAAAAAGAACAGCUCUCAGGAAGAAAAGAACUUACCUGAUCAGAACCAGAGAUCUGUGCACAUUAAUGAUCCUUCAGCAUUACGAGAGAGUCAGUCUGUUGGUGCAAGACUGAUGCUGCCACUUCAAAGCUCACCUCAUCAGAAUCCAGCCAGGCCAUUCCCUCUGUUGACUGUUUCCCUUAAUGCUGAGAAGAAACCAAAGCUUAUUCCAUUGGCAAAACCCUUAAAUAAUGCAGAGGGAUUUCCUUUGCUUAAGCUAAAAACAAGUUAUCAAUUUCAGGCACUCAAUUUCUGCCCGGUAACCCCCCGCAGAUCUUCUGGACCAUCAUCAGGACCAAGAGAAGCCUGGGGCCUCCCAUCUUCUCUGGCACAAAAUCCUCCCGGUUUACAGAUGUCAGAACCCACAAAUGAGACAGGAGCACAUCUAAACCUGAACCGUUAUGAUCAAAAUGUUAUAAACCAGGCACCAGAGCAGACAAAGCGUUGGGCAGAACAGGUCAAGACAGGGAUUUCCAAACAGUUUCCUGUAGAUGAAUAUGGCACAAAGGAAGAUUCAGCACCGUUGCAACCCUGCCAUGAACGUCUGAGGGCAGAAAAACCAUUGGUUGACCAUGCAAUCAGUUCACAUCAAGCCUAUGGGCCUUUUACUGAAAUCCCUUUGUUAUAUCUGAAGACUAGCCCACAAUCCAAAUGUUCAUUAAGUACAUUUACAACAAAAAACACAGAUUGCAGAGCAUCCCUUGGACAGACAGGAUUACCAUUGCUACACUCUAAUUUGCCUCCACUAACCAAGUUUCAUAUACCGAAACUCAUUCCUCUUCAAGAUCUGAUUGCCUUUGAACAAAGCCAGCAUUCUGUUCAGUACCCACAGUAUAAAGAUCACCCCAAGCAGAUCCAGUUAUUGAAAGCUAACAUUAAAGUAAAUGAAACAAGACAAGUGAGGAGUAAUAAGAAAAGACAAAAGAGACGUAUUGAAAAUCGGAUCAAGGAGAAGGAAGAAAAAAUAAAAGCCAUUGUGACUAAUCAACAAGAUGAUUCUUCUGUUCUUCCUGAUACUGUAAAGCCAACAAAGGCAAGCCCUAAGGAAAUGGAAUCCCAAACUAACUUAAGUGCUGACCCGUGUGAUACCAAUUCAUUACCGAUCUCUCACCCUGCCAAAUUGAGCUUUACUGACCUCAACGAACUUCGGAACAAUGAAUCAGAUACGUAUAUUUCAUCAGCGGCGCUACAUUACCUGGCUUCUGUAGGAAAAAAGACUGCAGAGCUUCAGGACGCCAGCACAAAUACAGAGACUGUUCUGAAAUCAUCUCAGAAUAUACAAACUGUAUCAGAAGAAUCAAUUGAUGAAUCUGUUGGGAAUCAAUCAGUCACUUCUGCUUCUGUGUCUGUAACAGAACUGUUGCCUUCUUGCGUUCCUCAGACUUUGCCGCCGGAGUUGUAUUUCAACUUUAAGUCAGCCAGUGCAACGACAGGGACACCUUUGCCAUCUUCAUCUGAUUUGGCUGAACAGAGAUAUAUCAGUGUGACCGAUAUAGAGUCUGGUGAUCUUCUCAAGAAUUUGCCAGUUAAAUCUGCGCCCACUGCACAGCCUAUUGUCACGCAACCUGUGAAGUCUGAAUUGCCAGCUUCUACAAAGCUGUAUUAUCCAGCAGUCUCUUUUGCCAGUGUAUUACCACUGGAUGAAUUUGAGAGACAAGACAAGAGUCCCGAAAUGGAAUUAUCUCUAUUACCACCAAGUGUAACAGAGGAGGAAAAUGCUGGCGAUCCUCUUACGUCAAGUCUCCUUCAUGAAGAUUUUUCCAGUAUUUACGCGGGGCAAAAGAUCAGCAGAGAGCAUUUUUCUGGAAAACUACAAGAAAUGGAUAGACAACUAUCGUACUUACAAAAUUUGACAGAAAGAAUGGAGAAAGAAUAUAGCACUACUAAAUUGUUUGGGGAAACCUCAAAAGAUGUCAGAGUGAUACCUGAGCAAGAAGAAGAUGACAUAUUGUUCUUUGCACCAGGUGUUCAGCUUUGCAAAGCAGAACGUUAUUCAACCCGUGUAAGAGUGGAGAAUUUUACAGACGAAAAAGACUUCUUAGAAGCAGAAUCUUCCCCAAAGGAUUUCAUUGCCUUAAAAACACCUUCUGUUUCACCUUCAGGAUCAGCUGCUAAUCAUCCCAGGGUUAAUGAGUUGUUUGCUGAUAUUAGUUUUAAAAUGGAAGAACAAUAUGAGAGAUGUUCAGACGAUCGCCUUCAAAUCACUGGCUUCAGUGAUGUUUUGGACAUCAUUAAUGAUCUUAUAGUGGAGAAUGGGGUUUCUCCUUUAGAGCUGGGCCUUUCAGAAAUCCAAGCUAAAAAAAUAGCCAGUCUUUCAAAUAAACCACAUAAACAGACUUAUAAAGCUGAGAAGGAUAAAAAAGAGUUACAUGCUUGGAUGAAAAGAAAACGAAAAGAGAGGCUUGCUGAAUAUAUGCAAACUCUGUCUGAGAAACGGGCAAAAGAGCACAAUCCAUUCCAUUUGAGAAAGAUGCCCCUUGGACUGUCAACACGAGAGAUUAAAUUACAACAGAAAAAGAAAAAGGAGAAAGAUAAGGUCUUGCUAGCUGAACAUCAUAACUUAAGAGUCAACGAAGCUCUCAGUCUGAUGCAUGACUUGCUGUCUGACACUGCGCAGCUCCCUUCCAGUCAAUAUAAGCCAUCAUCUGGAAGAAAAUCAACUUACGAUUUUAAGCAGCCGCGCAUCGCUUCUGCUGGAGGUUUCCAUGGGAGGAGCAAACCAUUUGCCAAAGUUGGUUUGGGUCCAGCAAGAUCCCUCUCAAGUCUGUCUUGUGACACAGAUCGGAAAAAGGGUCGACUCUGCCAAAGUCCUUACAGAAGAAUGUCACUAGAAGCCCAUCAAGGUGAAGCAUAUGGGAGAAACCGUAGAAACCAGAGGCAAUGGCCGAGUAACAGGCUGGACCUGAGAAGCCAUGCUUUUGAUCAGACAAGAGAGUCAAUGAAUGAGAAAAGGUUCUUCACUUCUACUAUGACAUCUCAGGCUACGGAAGAGACUGAUGACAAUACUGUGAGUGGCUGGAGUGUCCCCGAAGAGAUCCAACAAAUACUGUACGGCACAUCGAAUGUACAUUUCAAGAAGGAAUCACUUCCAGAAGAUGCUUGCUCCAUUGCCAGUCUUAAUAAUAUUGACAGUAUGAGUGAAAGUACCAGCAGCAUCCUUAGCAAGCUGGACUGGAAUGCCAUAGAGGCUAUGGUAGCAAAUGUGGAGGAGAAGUAAAAACGUAUCUUGCCUGUUCUGGUUUUUAAAAGGACAUUAAAUGGAAUAUGCAAAUGAAUGACUGGUGGUGAAGUUGGAAGAUCAUCAACCAAUGGCACAACAAUUAACAUCAAGGGACAACAUUCAUCCAUUCAGGAAAUUCUGCAUAAUGUUACAGAAAAAUUCAAGGAAUUUAAAAAAAAACAAUUACCUUCAGAAUAAUUUGAUUGAUGGUGGUAGUGCUGUUCCACAGGAUGGCGUUUUAGGAUUUGUAGAAUAUGUAGAUGUUUAAUAAAUCUGGCAAAUAAGGUCCUACGGGUGUUAUUGUAUUUCUAAAAGAAUGUUUAGAAUUAGAAUGCAUCUCAAUUUCAAUGAAUCUUGCUUAAAAUUAUGAACAUUUAAAUAUUUUUAUAUAAUAAAAUGUUUUGGGCUUGUUUUGUUACAUUUAAAAAUGUUUUGGUGUGGGUGAUAAGUUUGUGUUAUAUCAUAAGUUUGUCUUAUAUCAUAAGUUUGUGUUCUAUAUUUGUUUUGAAGGUUUUGCUGAUAUCCAGUAUCUCUUGCUGUGUUAUUUUUUUUGGUAGUCUGUGAAAGAUAAUCAGGCCUUAAAAUAUGUUGCCUCUUUUACUAUGUAAAUAUUUAAAACAGUUUCAUUUUUUAAAUUCAUUUUCUUGGUGAAUUUUUUCAUUAGGAUGGCUGCUAUACUAACAGCAUAUCUACUUUGAACCUUAAGAUGAAAAUGUGGAUACAAGGGGCUUGUUUUUAGUUCUUAAUAUUCUUAUUGGUGGAAUACUUGAAAUUUCCGGAAUAUAUCUUCCAUCAGAACCUUCGAGCAAUUUUGAGUUCUUUUAAAAUGCAAGAUGUUGAAACAUUCUGAGUGGAUAAAUAUUUAUGCUCGUGCUAAGAAAAUAACAGGUAUUUCAUAUACUCAUUUUACAAAAUUUGCCAAUGUUAUAGUUUAUCAUAAAGGCAUGUUCUGGCUCCUAGUUUGGGAUCCCUUUCACACACUGAAAUUCUCCAUUGGACAGUAGCUGAUUGUCAGCCCUUUGAGACAGGUUAGCUAAGGAAACAGGCUUCCGAGAACGACUGGCACUCCCCUGGACUAGGCUGUAGAUAGGUUGUAGUAACAAUCUUGAAAGGCUGUUUUGCCUUCCUGUCCUCUUAUAGAGGAACUAAGUGGCUAAGA